AUGGACUAUCAUAUCAGAAAAACAUUUGAUUCAGUCAAUAAACACAAAGAAGACCUGAGUUUCCUGGCAGGAGUAGUUGAGCAAGUCGAGCUAUUAGAUGAUGCUCGCCAAACGGUGAGAAUCCAGAACCGCCAAGAGCGACGCGAGUGCGAAAAUAUAAUCGAAGACUCCAUCCGCAUGGGCUAUCUUGCAGUCCAAUACUCUUUUGAUACUGUGACAGGAGGAGAGCGCAUCUCCACGGCACUCGAGGACAAAAUUCAGAAAUUGGACGAAGCUCUCAAGGCGGUUUGGAUAUUAAUCAGCGAGGCCAGCUCUCCAGAAGAGGCCUUCGACUUCGAUAGCGAGCGAGCGGAAGUCGACGGGUUGCUGAGAGGAUGCCUUGCUACGUUUGAGAUGGGUGCCUUUCACCACAUACAGGGGGCAUACGAAAACGCGAGAAAGAACGUAGACCGAGGUUUGAAGAGGAGAAUUACUUUGACGAUAGCACCUUCUCAAGAGCCCAAGAAGACGAAAGAGCCACGGCGACACACCGGACCAAACGAGAACACCCGCCAUGGCCUCCAAGACCAAGGUACUUCUCGGAUGUUGCUCGAAACGAGGCCGUCCGGAGAAGUCAUCGACAUUUCGGACUUCGAGAGCGACGCGGAGAAGAAGACACCGGCUCCGGCUAGAAAGCCUUCGAAAGCUAGCUCCACGAAACGUAAAGAGACAGCGCCAACGUCUCCGAUGGACCGUCAAUCAAGCACCUCGUCGCAGAGAUCACGAGGCAAGGGGUAUCAUACCAUAGCGCAACAAGGAUCCAUCCACGAAGAGCCCGACGAAAUGGACUCUGGUGGUUCUCUCGACCAAGAAACGUAUCGCAACUUCAAUCGCGAGGGCGGGAGUAGCAAGCACCACCGUGAAUCAGAAGAACGCACCCGCGACCAGCGCCGUGUGAAGACAGCUCCAGCAGUCAGAGUAACACGCCAGGACAGUGUCGAGACCCCGGGUCCACCGCCCUACUGCCCACAAAUAAAUCAUGAGCGACGGGAUGCGUACGACCCUCGCUUUUAUCCCAGUGGGCAUAUGCCGGCGAGUCCGCAGCCUACAUCGCCCGCAAGCUAUGGUUAUCCCAGAUACUUCUCGCCUUCGACACCAACGCCUUCAUUCCAGUCACCGUUGGAGGUUAACCCUCACCUCUUAUCGAGAAUUGGCCCCGGGACAAAUGUCAAGAUCGAAGAUUCGUUCAAUGUUGGCGGCCCUCCUCCCGUGAGACGCAACAAGAAGAAUCGGCGCGAGACCGACCGUACCUGA